AAAUGGCCGCCCCGGCUGCCUCCCCUCAGCUCGGCUGCUUUCCCGGGCCUCGCUCCCCUGCCUUGCCCCGCUUCCCCCCGGCCGCUCCAGCCCGCCUUGUCUCGUCCCGUGUCUCCUCUCCCUUCGCGGGGUCCCGGCGCUCCUGGCAGCGGGCGGUGCGGGGUGGGGAGGCCGCGGGCCCGGCCGGGGCCUGUGGCGUGGGUGUGUUUGCAUUUCCGCGCGUGGGCCGGAGGAAACGUGUGGUGCCGUUGCUGACAGCAGGUUCUGUCCCUCCCUGUGACCUCCGGCAGUUCCCCUGACCCCGCCGCAGAGUUUCGGGAAGCCAUGGAGCGGCACAUCCCCAGUCAUGCGCUGCCAGAGGAGAUUCGAAAGAUGUCGCGGGACGAGACGGUGUGUAAAUACUGUGGAGUCAGCUAUUUGAUACUUCACGAAUUUAAGGUGAUGGAAGACAAAGUAAAAGCAAUGGAAAAGGAGAUCAAAUGUUAUGAAGGAAGCAUAGAACGGGAGAAAGGACUUCAAGCAGAGCUGCAGGCUCUUUCCCAAGACCUGGAACACUGUCGAGCUGACGGGGAAUCAAAAAGCGAAAGAAUAAAAAACCUAACGGUGGAGCUGAAAACCAAGCAAGAGGAGUUAAAAAACGCGAAAGAAGAUUUGCGGUAUUUCCAAGAGGAAAAGGAAGCUGCCUAUAAGCAAUCACAGGUGCUCAGAAACACAUUGGAACACCAUUGCUCAACUCUGAACAAGGCCGUCUCCCUCUUCCCUUUUAUUAGAAGUGAGCUAGACAGUAUUAAAGAAGUCAUCUCCAGCAACCUGGACAACUGGGCUGCCAUGAAAGAGGAGAUUUUUCUACAAAUAAAGACUGUUAGCAAAGAAGCUUUGACAGAAAUACCCAAAUUGAAUCAAAGAUUAGCAAAAUCCCAGAGGGAGAACGAAUGCCUCCAAGAAAAGGUAAAACAUCUGACGCUGGUGGCCGACACGGUCGAGCUGAAAACUCAACAGCUUCAAACUUCACUUCAGCAAGGGAAUGAACUGCAGAGUAGGUGCCGUGAGCUACAGAAGGAAACAUUAGAUUUAACAAACCAAGUGGAGACGACGGGGCUGAAGCUGCAGAAGGUGACGGCCGAGCUGGAGCACUACAGAAAGCUGUUGACGGUGAAAUCAGCGGAACUUGAUGUCUGUCAAAAUGAACUGAAAAAAAUGAAAUACGAAAAUGGGAUUUCUGAGUCGAGGCUUACGAAGGAGCUCAAGGAGAAGGAGGAAUCUCUCCUCCUUUGCCAGCAGGUCUGCAAGCACCUACAGGAAGAGGUGGUGGAGAAGGAGAAGAAAGAAGAAGAGCUGAAGAGGAGGACGGGCCGCUGGGAAAGCGAGCUGGAGGCGCUGAGGGCCUGUCUGAGGCAGGCGGAGGAGGAGGUGGCGAUGCUGAAGCAAGAAAGAACAGAACAGAGCAGCUGCAGGAAACAUUAAGACAGAAGAUGCGGAGUGAAGAUAACUGGAGGGAGAAGGUAAUGCUGGAGGGCCAGUUGGCACCCUUUCCAUUUCUUCUGUAUUUCUUUUAUUCAGCUGUAGUGAGCUGUCAGGAAUGAGGACAGUAAACCAGAUACCCAACUCCUCAAGCGCAAACACGUCGAUAAUCUUUGUACAGCAGGUUGUGAUGGGUGAUCUCUCUACGUGGGUUGGAACUGAACGCAGCAGGUAUUUAGUAGGAGUGUUCCCAGACUUGGCAGAUGCUCAGGUGUGAUCCAGACUUCCCAGGUUUCGGGGGAUUUGUGAAGUGCCCGUGUCAGGAGUGCAGUCCCCUGAGUGCCGGGGGUGAACAAACAGCACCCACCCCGUUCUGUGUGCAACAGUGUGGGUUAUACACCCUAUAUACCACAGUUCUGCAUGGGGAAGCACACCAGUACCUGGAUUUGUUUCCUGAUCUACGUGGCAGAGAAGCGUAGGAAAGCAGGUAUCUAACACUGAAGUAGUUUCCCAGUAAAAACAAGGUUAUGCGUUGUUGGCAAGGAGGAGGGAACGUGGAGCCUUCCUGCUCGCAGGUUAGCUGAACUGAAACUGAAGAUUGCUGUCUGUAAAACUAAUCUAUAAAACAAAUAAUAAGCGAAUGAGCAAAAAUAUCCUUUCCUUAGAAGAUGGGUAUUUGCAAGCAAAGCAGAGCUAAACACACAAGCAGUUGUAGUGUAGCGGUUCUGGAGUGACCAGGAGUUGUCAAAUAGCAAAAGGCAGCGGGGUUGUUAUCCGCAGAGCUGACGAGGAAGGCGAGAGGUGUGUGGGUGCCCUGCUGGGUACCUCCGGCAGCUCUGGGUGCAGGGUACAAGUGACACGACGAGAGGAAACGGCCUCAAGUUGCGCCAGGGGAGGUUGAGGUUGGAUGUGGGAACAAUUUCUUCCCCAAAGGGCUGUGGGGCAUUGAACAGGCUGCCCAGGGCAGUGCUGGAGUCACCAGCCCUGGAGGGCUGGACAGACAGACAUGAGGUUCUCAGGACAUGGGGCAGUGAUGGGGUUGGGGAAAUGGAUGGACUCGAUGAGUUUGAGGGUCUCUUCCAACCAAACUGAUCCCGUGACACGUGCUGGUGCCAUCCCUGUGGCCGUUGUGUCACUCAUGGCAGUUAACCAACUUUCCCCCCGCCAGCUGCAUCGUUAACGAGCAUCAUCGCGUUCUACAACGUUCGUUUGUAUCUUGUUCAUUGUCUUUUAGUGUGUACUUGCGAUGUCUCGGUUCUUGAGCUUUGACCUUUGGAACAACACUUGGGUUUGAGGUCUGCUGUGGAACAACAUUUCCAGCUGAUUUAAGAACCAAACGUGCGUCCCCACUGGAUGUGCUAAUUGGGAUUUGGAAAGCUCUUUACCAUAAACAACUGUGAGCAUGUAAACUUGGUUUUAAUCUGCAACUAUUUUACAUGAGCGCCAAAAAAAAUCCCAAACUAAAUAGAAGAAAUUAAAAAAAAACAAAAAACUGUGAAGGAAAAAUUGAAAAUAGUGUUGAACAAUAACUCUGACUUUUCUGAUUUCAGCCUUACGUAACUGGUGACUAAAAUUACUGUCUUUUUCAGUACAUGCUAAGUGUCUCAACGCUUUAUUUAGUCUCUGGAAAAUGUUUGGCCUACUAGCAAUUAAGCUCGGUUCCAUUUCUUUUAGAACUUCUUAGCCUCUCCGUCGCAGGAUAUAAUUUUAGAAUGAGGUCAGGCUGUCUGCAUAAUCACAGCGUAUUGUUCAACCUGACAUCCCAACAAGAUAAAGACCCCGCUAGGAGGAGAGAGCAAUUGCAGCUGGGGCGUCGCAGCCAUUAGAAUGCAGUACGGCAAGUGCUCCGCAGGCGUUCGCAUCAGGAAAGGGAUCAGAAAAGUGACAAAGUGACAAAGUUCUCCUCUUCUUGGGUCAGGGUGCCAUCGCGUAAGUGUAACGUGUUCCGCUUUCCUAUUGGAAAUACAGAAAAACCUUCACUUGGUGUCAUGGAAUUGAAGGGAAAAAGAGCUUUCACCAAAGAUUUUCAGAUUAACGUAAACAUUUGCUUUAUGAAUUUUUUAAAGUAUUAAUUAAUGAUGCGCAUGUAAGUGGUUUUAAGGCAAUUAGCAGCCACUCUACUUUCUUUGAAGAUAAACUGCCAUUUGAUUUCCUCUUCUGGUUAUCAGCUUUGUCAGCAGCAAGUGUUAAAUGUGAAGAAUGCCCAGAUAAUCUUCAGAAUGGGCUCCGGUUUCUGUACUGCCUUUAUUUUUAGUCUUUUUAUCAAGUGGCAUCAAACAUAUGAUCUGCUCCUAUAGUAAUAUGUCGAGUUAAUCAGUUUGGUUUUCUACAAUUAGAAUCCUAACUCCUAUAUAGAAUAAUGGGGAAGACAUUUCAAUACUAAUAAUACUAAUACUAACACUUAU